AAUGUUGCAGGUUGCAAAUUGGGGUGGGAGGUAGGAUCAGAUAGCUCUUUCAGUCUCUGGCAACUCCAGGCUCUGUGAUGAUGCCCCUGAAUGUGGAGGAGAUGGCCUGGGGCUCUGGGAGUCCAUAAUGCAUUUGAGACAAGGCAUUUUUUCAUUAACACUGGUCUCUGAAUUUCCGGUCACAAGUAUCACAUCCUGGAGGAAUGAGCCUGUAGAAUCCACGGCAUUUGCAAACAGAUGCUGGUCUCUGGUGGAGGAUAACUGGAGUUAACUUUCACUGAGCCCCUGCUUUCAGCCCAUUCUUCAAUUUUGUAACAACCCUGUUAAGUAGAUACUCAAUCCCAUUUCUGGGAGGCAGACCCAGAAGGCUAGGGCCUUGUAGCUAGUGGCAGGACGGACUCCAAAGCCUUCCUCUUAACCAGAGGCUUCUCUCUCCACCUGCAUAUUAGCUCUUCUUAGGUCCUGUCUCAAGUUUCAAAACACAUUCCCAUCGUGGAUUCAAUACUAGUUUUUUUCUUUUUUAAUGUUUAUAUUUGGGGGGCAGGCAGAGAGAGAGGGAGAGAGACAAUCUGAAGCAGGCUCCGUGCUGUCAGCACAGAGCCCACUGCAGGGCUCAAUCUAACGGAUCAUCAGAUCACGAUCUGAGCUGGAAUCCAGUCCAGCAGUUACCCGACUGAGCUACCCAGGCGCCCCUUAAUACUAGUUUUUAAAACACACAAAAAAGAAUAUUUAAACCAUAUAGCAUAUUUGUGAUGAUUUUCUCAAGCCAAAGUGUGAAAUGAUCUGAUUUCUGUAAUGCACGAUGGGAGUGGGUGGAGUAGGUGUCUUUGCCAAGGGUCUUUGUUUGCUUGUGGGACCCAGCAAUGAGUUCUGUGGCCUAGAGCCUAGGGUGGGCAGGAGCAGCUUGUAGACUGCAACUCAGGUUCCUAUAAAUGUGUUGCAGGUUGGGAAGAAGCGAUAGAAAUUAUCUCGGGUGUGUUUGGAGGACACGUAAAUUCAUUUUUUACUAGUCUUUAAUUAUAAUUUCUCUUCAAGUUUUUCCGAGAUUUGGAAAUAGGGUUCUAAUUUGGCUGGUUCUAAACUUCCUCUCCUAACAAUUCCUCACCUCUCCCUGACCCCACUCCAUCUCAUCCAAGUCUAGCACCAGCUUUUAAGGAACCUGAAAAACACUGGCUAUAAGGUCAGCUGGGAAUUUUAGGAGGUUAUGGAUGUCGGAAAUAAAAGUGUAAAAAAAAGGGGGAGGAGGAAUUGGUUUUGGCUUUAAGACACCGGAACUUCCAAGGUUCCUGCAAAACCAUUUGGAGGUUUUGCAAACCCUUAAAGUCAUCAGCGCCCCACUGCGGAAUUCAAAGCGAAGCUUGUCACAAUUGUUAACACCUUCUUUGAACAGUCUUUUUAUAUUUGACAAUUAUUCUCUUCUGCGCCUCUGCCUCUUUUUUUUUUUUUUUUUUUUUUUUUGCGGGCAGGAAGGUUCUACUGUCUUGGUUUUAGGGAGUACCCUAUACAACGAACAACCUCUCCGCGUGCCGCAACCGCAGGAAGAUUUCCAUCGCCUCCGCGGGUUUGCAGAAUGCCGGUGCAGCUGACGACAGCCCUGCGUGUGGUGGGCACCAGCCUGUUUGCCCUGGCAGUGCUGGGUGGCAUCCUGGCGGCUUACGUGACAGGCUACCAGUUCAUUCACACAGAGAAGCACUACCUGUCCUUCGGCCUGUACGGUGCCAUCCUGGGCCUGCACCUGCUCAUCCAGAGCCUGUUUGCCUUCCUGGAGCACCGGCGCAUGCGGCGGGCGGGCCGGCCGCUGAAACUCGUCUCCCCGUUGCGCCGCUCGGUGGCACUGUGCAUCGCGGCAUACCAGGAGGACCCCGACUAUUUGCGCAAGUGCCUGCGCUCCGCCCAGCGCAUCGCCUUCCCUGACCUCAAGGUGGUCAUGGUGGUGGAUGGGAAUCGCCAGGAGGACGCCUACAUGCUGGACAUCUUCCACGAGGUGCUAGGCGGCACUGAGCAAGCUGGCUUCUUUGUGUGGCGCAGCAACUUCCAUGAGGCAGGUGAAGGGGAGACCGAGGCCAGCCUGCAGGAGGGCAUGGACCGUGUGCGGGAUGUGGUGAGAACCAGCACCUUCUCCUGCAUCAUGCAGAAGUGGGGAGGCAAGCGAGAGGUCAUGUACACGGCUUUCAAGGCUCUUGGUGAUUCAGUGGACUACAUCCAGGUGUGCGACUCUGACACCGUGCUGGAUCCAGCCUGCACCAUCGAGAUGCUUCGAGUCCUGGAGGAGGACCCCCAAGUAGGGGGAGUUGGAGGAGAUGUACAAAUCCUCAACAAGUAUGACUCGUGGAUCUCCUUCCUGAGCAGUGUGCGGUACUGGAUGGCCUUCAACGUGGAGCGGGCCUGCCAGUCCUACUUCGGCUGCGUGCAGUGUAUUAGUGGGCCUUUGGGCAUGUACCGCAACAGCCUCCUCCAGCAAUUCCUGGAGGACUGGUACCAUCAGAAGUUCCUGGGCAGCAAGUGCAGCUUCGGAGAUGACCGCCACCUCACCAACCGAGUCCUGAGCCUCGGCUACCGGACUAAGUAUACAGCACGUUCCAAGUGCCUCACAGAGACUCCCACCAAGUACCUCCGGUGGCUCAACCAGCAGACCCGCUGGAGCAAGUCUUACUUCCGAGAGUGGCUCUACAACUCUCUGUGGUUCCAUAAGCACCACCUCUGGAUGACCUACGAAUCAGUGGUCACAGGUUUCUUCCCCUUCUUCCUCAUUGCCACAGUCAUACAGCUUUUCUACAGAGGCCGCAUCUGGAAUAUUCUCCUCUUCCUGCUGACGGUGCAGCUGGUGGGCAUUAUCAAGGCUACCUAUGCCUGCUUCCUUCGGGGCAAUGCAGAAAUGAUCUUCAUGUCCCUCUAUUCCCUUCUGUAUAUGUCCAGCCUCCUGCCGGCCAAGAUCUUUGCCAUUGCUACCAUCAACAAGUCUGGCUGGGGCACCUCUGGCCGAAAAACCAUCGUGGUGAACUUCAUUGGCCUCAUCCCUGUGUCCAUCUGGGUGGCAGUCCUUCUAGGGGGACUGGCCUACACAGCGUAUUGCCAGGAUCUGUUUAGUGAGACAGAGCUAGCCUUCCUGGUCUCUGGGGCCAUCCUGUAUGGCUGCUACUGGGUAGCCCUCCUCAUGUUGUAUCUGGCCAUCAUCGCCCGGCGAUGUGGGAAGAAGCCAGAGCAGUACAGCUUAGCUUACGCUGAGGUGUAACAUGGCCCCCAAGCAGAGUGGGAAAAGUGCAAUGGGUAAGGGAGGGAAGGGGAAUGGAAGAGAAAAGAUGGGGUGGGAGGGAGGAGGGAGUGCUGUUUUAGUUCGUCAAUGGUCCAAAGGACAAAUCUGAAGUGCAAAGAAUGGUGACUGUACUAUGGCCUGGGGCAGUUCUGCUUAGAGGCAACACCUUUCCAGCUCAGGGGGCAACUUGUUUUCAUGCCGCCUGUCUGUUGGCCUCUGCGUGUGUCAUGGCCUCUGGGAAAGAUUCCACUUCCUGCCCCAGGAUCCAAACGCAACCCAGAAGUGUGCUAAGACAAUUAGUUCCAAUCAGUGGCAACUUCUGAUAGGUAAGUGAGCAAUGACAGCCUGCGGGAAGGGGUUCUCUUAGCCCAUCUGAACACAACCAGAGGUGGUGGGAGAAUUUGAGAGAUCUGGGCUGGCUAGUAUGUGUCCCCCACCCUCACCCCCAAAUCUAGCUAUCAAUGCAAUAAGAUUGUGCCUGAUACAAGGCCCAGAAGCCUGAUCUUUGGGCAUCAGAAAACAGGGUCCAGGAAUGGUGCUUUAUUACAUGACAUACUCCAUUCCACAUCUCAACAUCCCAAGGAUGAGCCAAACUAGCAGAGUUAGCACUGAACUCCUUUUAAGUGUGUAUGUAUAUAUACAUAGAUGUUAAAAAUGAAAGUUUGCCAGGAGGAACAAAGAUUGGUGGUUGUACUAAAGGCCAUGGCCUAUAUGGGGGCCUUAGGCUGAAUGUAGCUCACCUGAAAACUGCCCGACAUCUAGAUGAGCUUGUCUGUGAUCUCUGCUGGGCAGAGGAAAGGUUUUGGUCAUCUACCAGGAAGAUUAAACCCCAACAUGCUCAGAAAAGAAGUGAGGGCUUGGAUACCUGAUCCUGCACACUCCUGAAUUCCUCUCUCAAACUCAGCUCUGAGUCUAAGACAGCCUCCACUUGGCUUUCUUCAAGGUGAUGCACCAAGUCACCUCGUCCACCUUCCUUCUCAUUUGGUAAGUUUUUCAAGUUAGCAACUGAGGCAGAGUCUGGACUCUCAUAGCCCCUCUGCAAUAAGCAACCCUGUCCUCAGCAGGUGGGGGGGAAAAAUGAUUAGGAGCCUCUGACCAAAUUAGCCACAAUCUUGCAAGUGCUUAUACAGAUUCCUUAGCAGCUGGCUAAGCGUGCAUGACUUUCAGGCUACAGAUCUUGACAAUCACGUCCAAUGAAAACCUUUUCAGCGUUUCCUAAGUGAAGCCUCCAAUCCAAGCUGGUCAUCUUUGAAACUGUCCAUUCUCUUCAGUGGCUUCUCAAGGAGAUUCUUAGAGCCAAGUUGUGGAUAGUCAUUAUUGCAUUUGCUUCUUUCCAGAAACCAAACUCGGAGAUGGAAUUGGUUCCUAAAUCCUAAGGUUCUUGUUUUCUCUCUCAUGCCCCUUGAAGCUUUUAUUUCUCUGCCCUUGGGGGGGGGGGGGGGGCGGGGGGAGCGAGGGAAAGCAUUUUCUAGACAUUUGCAAUCCACAGACAAUUCUCAGCUCUUGAGUUUGAAACUGGGAAUCUUGACUAAGCCUUUGACUUAGGGGUUGCUUGCUUGCAGGUGUACUUGUGCUCUCCGAAUGUCCAUUCUUAGCAGGGCCUGCUAGCCCCUCAGAACCAGCACUGAAGUUGACAGGAGUUGAAGGGGCAAGACUCUAGUGUGCCCAGGUGCUUCCUACACAGGAACAAAGUGUGCUCUGAGCCACAGAUUGGCAAACCCUGGUGCUUUCCUUCAUCUCCCAUGAACGCAAGGGUUUUCCAGGUGCAACCAACAUCGCUACAUCACACAGACCUCGAGCUUCUGAGAAGAUUGCUGGCCGGUGUUGGGUCCAACCCAUGAAGGCUGGGAAGAGGCAGCAGGCAUUUGCUAAAGGCGGUUGUUCCAGGCUCUUGCGUGUUUUUGCUGGCCAAGUAAACUAUUUUGAGCACUACAAUGGAGGAAAUCCGGUCAGCCAGCCAACUGCAGAGCUCACACUUAACUAAGGGCUUGUUUUUCUUCAGCUUUUACUUGAAGGUUAAUGUCGGAUGGAUUUCCAGAUGAGAACUGGUUGUCCUACCAUCAGCUCUGCCUUGCACUGUGGUUUUCAACUUUGCUCAGAACAAGGGUAGGCAGGUACAAGUAGUGGGCUCACAACGUUUGACCUCGACUGGUUUUUCUAAGUUAUUUUGUACAUUUUUCAGCAGCGAAACCAAACUGGGUCUUCAGCUUUAUCCCCGUUUCUUGCAAGGGAAGAGCCUUUAUAUACAACUGGACACAUUUUGGUUUUUCCUCAUUGAGAAUUUUAAGCCUUUUGUAUUCUUUCUACAAUAAUUUGUAAACAUAUUUAUUUUUACUUUUUUUUGUUUUUGUUUUUUACUUUUCAGGUCAAAAUUUUAUACUGCACUUGUCAAAAUAAAGAUUCUCACAUAA